GCAUCAUAACAAAAGCAAAUGAAUUAUUUUUUCUUCAAGUUUAUGAAUAUGAUGAAGUGAUGUUUCCAAAGAACGUGAGGUGCUCUUCUUGUGAUUUAAGAAAACCAGCUCGAUCCAAGCACUGUAGUGUGUGUAACUGGUGUGUGCAUCGUUUUGACCAUCACUGUGUUUGGGUAAACAACUGCAUUGGGGCCUGGAACACCAGGUACUUCCUCAUCUACCUCUUGACGUUGACGGCCUCGGCUGCCUCCAUGGCCAUUGUGAGCACUGCGUUUCUGGUCCACUUGGUGGUGGUGUCGGAGCUGUACCAGGAGACUUACAUUGAUGAUCUCGGACACUUCCAGGUUAUGGACACAGUCUUUCUUAUUCAGUACCUGUUCCUGACCUUCCCAAGGAUUGUCUUCCUGCUGGGGUUUGUCAUGAUCCUGAGCUUCCUCCUGGGGGGCUACCUGUGCUUUGUUCUGUACCUGGCUGCCACCAACCAGACUACUAAUGAAUGGUACAGAGGUGACUGGGCCUGGUGCCAGCGUUGGCCCCUUGUGGCCCAGCCCCCAUCAGCGGAGCCCCAAGUCUACCAGAACAUUCACUCCCAUGGGCUUUGGAGCAACCUUCGAGAGAUAUUUCUACCUGCCAAUCCACAUUAUGAGAAAAAAAAGAAAUAAGAAUGAAAAGUGUUACUGUCUUUUAAAUAUAGUAUACAUUUAUUUAUACA